AUGAUUGAAUGUAAAAUAAUGAAGUUUGAUGAACUAGGAGAGCAGUCUGAUAUUGAAGUCUCCUACUCAUUUCAAGAAACUCCAUUUGGAAAAUGUUUGAUUGGAUUCAUAGAGAAUGAGAAUACACAAAAGGCAGUUUGUUAUUUGUCAUUUACUGACAACAAUGAAAAUGAAAUAUUGAAAAAUUUAAAGACAAAGUAUUCUGAUGCUAAAUUUACUGAAGAGCCAAAAAAGACAAAAGAGCUAAUCGAUGAUAUUUUUUAUAAAGAUACUUCAAGAAAUGUUACCCCUGUGCAAGUUCUUUUGAAAGGAACAGAAUUUCAAAUGCAAGUUUGGGAAGCAUUAACUAAAAUUCCAAUGGGAACCUUGACAACCUAUGAAAAAGUAGCCAAGUCGAUAGACAAGCCCAAGGCAACACGUGCAGUUGCAAAUGCUUUGAAAGCUAAUCAAAUUGGAUAUUUAAUACCUUGUCAUCGAGUGGUUUGCAAAUCUGGAUGCAAUAAGUUUGGUUGGGGAGUACAAAGGAAAGUAAAUAUGCAAGAAUUUGAGGUCCAAUAUCUUAAAAAUGAAAAACCUCUCAAAGAAUGA